CGAAACACCACUCCCCGGGCCAGACUAGAUGGGAUCGUCUACCCUGCAUCCAGCUACUACACAUAACCGUUUGAUACAUUUGCAGGGUGCUACGCUCGAUCCUACAUGGAUGAGGAAGGCACCCACAUUUUUCAAACCAAUCCCCAGAAUAAUUCCCAAGCUGAACAGUAUAUUACCCUGCCAUCUCCCUCCUGCCCCAACAUUAUCAAAAGCUUAUAGCCUCACAACCUCACCAUCACCACUCUUUCACCCAUCCAAACUCAUAGAAAAUGGCAAACCUCUACCCCGCCCCCACAAACCACAUCACCACUACCGACCCCACAACGGGGGAAUCCACAUUCCACUCCUCCUCCACCCCACCCCCCUUCAUCGAUCCCCUCCCCUCCUUCCGCGUCCACUACGUUUACUCCACCACCUCUAGCCCCGCCGGCGGCCCCCCCAUCAAAGAUGAUGAAGAUCUGAAAAAUUAUGAAGGCAUUGCGGCGAAGCCAAAGGUGCAUUUCCCCACUGCCGGGGGGACGGGGGGCUGUUUGAUACAUUUCUCGCCCAACCCAGAGCAAAUGAAGGGCGCCAUGCAUACCACCAGCACGCUGGACUAUAUCUUCAUCAUCGAUGGCACCAUGGAGCUUGGGAUGGCGAGCGGGGAGACGAGAAUCCUGAAGAAGGGGGAUAGUGCGGUGCAGAGGGCUACAACGCAUUGGUGGCGGAAUACGUCGAGGACGGAACCGGCUAUAAUGGCCGCGGUGAGUGUGGGGAUUGAGGGAGCGGUGGAGGAUGAGAUGAGGAUUGUGGGGGUUGUGCCGGAGGGGAACGGGAAGGAGAAGGGAGAGUAAGGGGAUGCGUUGCUGAGGGGAAUGGGAUGUAGUGCAGGGUGGCAGAAGUCUGAGUUAAUGGAUGAUAUUUGCGUUUAGGAGUGGGUCCUUGAAAUAUAGCUUUCGAAUCAAACGGGCUUUAUUCAUUAAGUAUCUUCAUAUCGGUUCCAGAAUUACAGAGCAUGGCAACGAGAAGAGGGACUCUUUAUCUAGAUUAGUAUGAUGAUAUACCGGUGGUUUGGUGGAAAUUAAAGGGCAGGUUGCGUGUUAUUGUUGUCGUUGUUUUCUUGCUAUAACCUUCUUACUACCAUUGCC